AUGGCGGUCAACCGGCUGCGCAGCGCCCUGGCGGGGCCGAGGAAAGGCGAGACAUAUGAGCUGCGGGCCGGGCUGGUAUCACAAUAUGCCUGGGAGCGCAAGGAGUCGAUACAGAAGACUAUCAUGGCCAUGACCUUGGGCAAAGAUGUGUCGGCACUCUUCCCAGACGUGCUCAAGAAUAUUGCUACACCCGACCUUGAUCAGAAAAAGCUGGUGUAUCUAUACCUCAUGAACUAUGCCAAGUCACAUCCAGAUCUGUGCAUAUUGGCAGUCAAUACAUUCGUCCAGGACUCGGAGGAUCCUAAUCCGUUAGUUCGAGCACUGGCAAUACGGACUAUGGGGUGUAUCCGGGUGGAGAAGAUGGUGGACUAUAUGGAGGAGCCGCUUCGGAAGACACUCAAAGACGAGUCGCCAUAUGUACGAAAAACAGCUGCGCUUUGUGUUGCGAAGCUCUUCGACCUCAACCCUGCUCUUUGCAUUGAGAACGGGUUCGUGGAGACUUUGCAGGAAAUGAUUGGAGAUUCAAAUCCGAUGGUCGUAGCCAACUCCGUGACGGCUCUGGCAGAGAUCGAUGAAUCAGCGCCCGAGACACGAGCUCUUAUUGUGACUAGCCAGAUGCUGAAGAAGCUACUUCUGGCCCUCAAUGAGUGUACGGAAUGGGGUCGCAUCACGAUACUAUCGACAUUGGCGGACUACCAAGCAGUUGACACGAAAGAGUCUGAGCACAUAUGCGAGAGAGUCAGCCCACAGUUCCAGCAUGUCAAUCCAUCCGUGGUACUGGCAGCUGUGAAAUGUGUCUUCAUCCACAUGCAACAUAUCGACAACACAACGCUUCACGCCACAUAUCUGAAGAAGAUGUCGCCUCCACUGGUCACGCUUGUCUCAUCACAACCAGAAGUGCAGUAUGUGGCAUUACGGAACAUCGAUCUUCUGCUGCAAAAGCAGCCUGGCAUUCUCGACAAAGAAAUGCGAGUGUUCUUCUGCAAAUACAACGAUCCACCAUAUCUGAAGCUUACGAAACUGGAAAUCAUGGUAAGGAUAGCGAGCCCGUCGAAUGCUGAUCAGCUGUUGGCUGAGCUCAAGGAGUAUGCUCUGGAGGUGGACAUGGACUUUGUACGCAAGGCCGUGCGCGCAAUUGGCCAAGUGGCUAUCAAGAUUGAGGAGUCUGCUGAGAAGGCUGUUAAUGUGUUACUGGAGCUCCUCAACACGAAAGUGGGCUAUGUGGUGCAGGAAGUCAUCGUGGUUAUCAAGGACAUCUUCCGGAAGUACCCUGGCUACGAAGGGAUCAUUCCGACACUAUGCCAAUGUAUCGACGAGCUGGACGAGCCAAAUGCACGAGGUAGUUUGAUCUGGAUCGUUGGCGAAUACGCUGAGAAGAUCUCGAAUGCUGGAGACAUUAUGGCAGGAUUUGUGGAGGGAUUCAACGAGGAGUUCACACAGACGCAAUUGCAAAUACUGACAGCAGUCGUAAAGCUCUUCCUCAAGAAGCCCGACGAGUCGCAAGGACUGGUACAGAAAGUUUUGCAAGCGGCCACGGCAGAAAGUGACAACCCAGAUAUUCGUGAUCGGGCAUAUGUCUACUGGCGAUUGCUUUCAUCUGACCCACAAGUAGCCAAAAACAUCGUUCUAUCAGCACGACCGCAGAUCACAUCAACGAUACCAGUCCUACCUGGACCACUCCUCGACAGCUUAAUACCGAACCUCUCGACACUUGCUUCAGUCUACCAGAAACCACCUCAGACGUUCCUUGGACAAGGCAGAAGCUCGGCACUACAAGCCGCGGCCAUUGAAGAAGAGAAACAGAAUGCUCGAGAGAACCCGAUCGCUGCGUCGGCAGUAUCGGCAGCGGUCACGGGUGGCAGCAUACAACACAUGCAGACCACGGCUGAGAACCUGCUGGAUAUAGAUUUCGACGGUGCAGCUCCGGCUUCGUUGCAAAAGGCACCGAGUGUUGGCGCAUCAGGACUAGAAGGCCUAUCAGGAACACCCGUCCGCGUCGCGAGUCCAUCUGUGGGAUCUCCAACGACGGCGAGUGCGGGUGGAGGCGGCGGCAUGGAUGAUCUGAUGGGGAUGUUUGGGAACAGCAAUGGUAAUGGUAUGGCGUCGGGUAUGAUGAAUGAUGAUGAUAUGAUGAACGGGUUUGCGAGUCUGGACGUGAAUGGUGGGCAGCAGCCGCCGCCGCCGCCACCUCAGCAGCAGUUGAAUGGGAGUGGUGGGGGGCAGAAGACGAAGGAGGAUUUGCUUGGGUUGUUCUAA